AUGGACAGACAGCGGCCGGCGCAGCGGCUGAAGCCGGCCGGACAGGCGCACGAGUCAGUCGUGUUUCCUGAGAACCGGCACGAGGCCGUCCCACUGCGCGUCACUCCGCCAUGGCGGCCCCCACGUCAGGACUUUGAUGGCUGUCCCGGAAACACGACUGACUGGUGCGCCUGUCCGGCCGGCUUCAGCCGCUGUGCCGGCCGCUGUCUGUCCUUCCUGAGUCAAAAGACAACCUUCGCUGAGGGUCAGGCGGCCUGCGCGGCGUUGGGCGCCCACCUGGCCGUGCCCCGGACCGAGGCUGAGAACCAGUGCGUCACCGACCUGUCAGCUGCUGCAGCUAACGCUUAUGCCUGGCUCGGCGUGCAGCUGGUUGAAGGCGUCUGGGUGGGGACCGACGCAUCUGCCAAAUAG